CGCGUAGUGUGAGGUAAAAGGGCGAGUCGCGGCCGCUCACCAUCAGUUGCCCCCAGACCUUCAGUGUGCAUACACGCAGUGUCGUACUCUCUCCUCCCACUACUGCAUUAUGAGCCGUGCUACUAAGUCAGGACUUGCCGCUGAGGCUCAGUCCAAGGUUGAGGCAAAGUACAAUGAGGAUCAGGCAGCAGAGUGCUUGGAGUGGAUUGCUACCAUUACUGGGCAAGAUUUUGACAAGUCAGGAGCUGCAGACAAUUUUUAUGAAGUUCUGAAGGAUGGGCAAUUGCUUUGCGAAGUAAUUAAUGCCCUGAAGCCUGGACAAAUAAAGAAGAUUCAGAAAUCCUCCAUGGCAUUCAAGUGUAUGGAAAAUAUAAACCAGUUUGUGGAUGGUGCCAAGGCUUGUGGCGUCCCCUCCCAAGAGACAUUCCAGACUGUUGACCUGUGGGAGCGCCAAAAUCUUAAUUCUGUUGUCAUUUGCAUUCAGUCACUUGGAAGGAAGGGUGCCCAGUUUGAUAAGCCUUCAAUUGGUCCCAAGGAAGCAGAGAAAAAUGUUAGACAGUUUAGUGAAGAGCAGCUCAGAGCCUCUGAUACAGUGAUCAGCCUUCAGUAUGGCUCAAAUAAGGGAGCAAACCAGGCUGGAAUGUCUUUUGGCAACACUCGUCAUAUGUAAAGGCAAUUCCACUUACAAAAAAUUUUCACCAAUUAAAAACUAAUUUUAUGGUUGAUGGAAUGCAUAAUUGUGAAGUACAUAGUAUAAGAAGUGUGUGUGUGAGAGACUUUGUUCAGGUUAUUGCCAGUUGACCCGUCAUCGUUAAGAAACUUUCCAAUGCUGAUUGUAUGGCUUUGGGGAAAAUUGUUAGUGAAUCUGUAUUAAUGACUCUUGAGGAAAAAGGAUAAAUUUUGUGCAUUGCAAAUAUUAGUAUAUUGAUUUUAUUGCAUUUUUUGAAGAUAAAUUUAAGAUUCCAAUAAUUAGUUUUAAUAUUCAAGGGCCCCAAUACAACCUAAAUGGUUAGCAGUAUUUAACACUAGCCAUAGCAUUUAAAGUUAGAAGUCUUUAUCUUAAUAUGUGAAUAGAAUUUCGAAUCCAUCGUGGAGACAAUAAAUAAUGUAUAGUACAGUAUGUUAAUGGAAUUUCUUGGCUUUUGUUAUUACUGAAUAGCAACAGGUAUUUGCCAGAGCACAUAAAUAAUGUUUACAGAUUAUAUUUAAUAAUUUAUGAUUUAUUUGGUAGAUAGCUUUCAUCCUUCCCCUCUCCCCUCUAAGACUCGUUCAGUCAUGUAUGGUUAUAAUAGUUCUGAAUCUCGUUUUGUCAUUCUUUGAAAAUAAUUGAAUUCUUAUUUUCUAAUGAAUGAUUAUGAAUUGUUUAAUUCUAAUCAUUCAUUCUUCAUGUGCUAUCACAUUCCAAGUUCAUAAAUUUUAUACGAAAAAUAAAAUUAUUUACUAA